UGUUCUGCACAGUACAUGUAUGGUCUUUGAAGAGCGCCCAAGGAGACAUCCAGUUACUGUAUCCGAGGAUAAAAACAGCCCUCUCCGGGGAGGUAAAGCGGUGUGUCUGAAGUGUAAGCCACCCAUUUUCAACAUGAAACUCGCCGCUGCUGACGUCACCGAGCCAUCUUUGUGCACCUAAUCCAGGCGGCUGUUUAUUACACCUUCAUUACCACACAGACCCGGGCUCUUCGGACAGCCUGCAGGUGCCUCAUCGUCACAAACAAGGAGGAAAACAGAAAGAGAACCGCUUUGUAGUGUAGGGAGACAAUUCAGUGCUCCUCGUAGAAUAUAUAGGCAGGGAAACGCCACAAUAACCAACCAAAGGCUGCCAGAGGGUAGAGAGGAGCGCAGAAGGCAAUUCACAUCCAUCUGCCAGCCACUUAGUGCGCGCUAACAUCUCCGGUGCGGAUUUCAGCGCAGCUGUCGAGCUAAUACAACCAGGAAAAUGUCUGCCCCAGCAGCUGGAGCCCCUGCGCCUGAGGGAGGAAGUCAGCAACCUCCCAACCUCACCAGCAACCGCCGUCUGCAGCAGACUCAGGCACAGGUGGAUGAGGUGGUGGAUAUCAUGCGCGUAAACGUGGACAAGGUUCUGGAGCGUGAUCAGAAGCUGUCAGAGCUGGACGACCGGGCCGAUGCCCUGCAGGCUGGAGCCUCUCAGUUUGAGACUAGCGCUGCAAAACUGAAGAAUAAAUACUGGUGGAAGAAUGCCAAGAUGAUGAUUAUCCUGGGUGUGAUAUGUGUGAUUGUCCUCAUUGUCAUUAUUGUGUACUUCAGCACCUAAGAAGAGUCGCUCCUACCCCAGUCUGAUCCAAGCUUCCUUACUACAGAAGAAAAAAAAAACAACCUCUAAUUGAUGACAAAAUUAACCACAGAUGAAUUAAUUUAUUGUAUGUACGUAUAUCUCCGCCCCCAGCUAGCCUCGAUAUAACACCCCUAAACCCUUCAGGGCCCCCGUGGCUCUCCUCAGCCCCCUGCUCCUUACUUCCACAGCCUCGCUUCUGGAUCCCUGUCGAUAUUUGUUCUGUGAGUGUGUGAGCCUGUCUUCUUUCUGAGUACUCUUGGCUUUUCGAACCCUGCCAUACUGGGAACCAAACCCCUUCCCUCUACCUUUGACCUCCCCCUCCCCCCGUGACGAUGCAACAACAGAAACCGGUACAACAAUUGGCGAUAAUCGUUACACAGCUGAUAUAUAGAGUUCUUUGUAGAGUUUUAUUCUGAUAUAUAUCUAAUAUACUGUUUUGUAGGUGUGUGUGCAGGCGCGUGCGUGCGUGUGUGCAUUUUGUACUUUUUAUUUUUUGUAUUAAUUUGAUGUAUGCUUUAGCGUUGACUACUGCCUAUUAAUGAAAGUGUGCAUCUUGCAUGUGCUCUACAUCCCCCUCUGAUUAUUUUCUUGUCCAAUUGGCCUCCGUAAAAAAAAUCCACCCGUGUUUCUCUUGAAGGCAGACUGAAAUUCACCAUCUUACCGACACUUUUUCCUUUUUCGCCAAAAAAAAAAGUUUUUGCUUCUCUUUUUUUUUUUUUCUACAGCUAAUGCUCACCCACUGAUGUUAGUGAAAUAAUGCAUGAAUUGUGCAACAAAUCCUUAGCGUUCAUCACCUCCGACCCUAUCCGACUCUCCUUCCUGUUUUCUGAGAGGGAUUCUUAAACAACAACCGUCUUACGUGUCUUCUGGCACCGUCUUGUUUCUUAGCAGCAUGCUUCCCUCGGACAACUUUAAACUGCCAUAGUACGGUCGGACCAAUGUCUGUAGGUGUCUUUGUUUUUUUAUUAUUAUUAUUAUUAUUUAAACAUUACUUAGUGUCUUAUUUCGAAAACAUUCCUUCAUUGCAGUCUAGUGCAGAUGCUCUUACUGUAGCACAUGUAAGUGUGAGUACCUUAAAAAAAAUACAAGCGAUGAACCUUGUGUCAGGAAUAACGAUAGGAGGAAUAGUGACUAGGUAUAAAGUUACUUUUUUUUUUGCAUAGACUGGAUUGACCUGAUGAUUUUUUUUACUACAAUUUUGCUUUAACAUUACACUUAUGAUAAAAUGGGUGAUUUGGGGUUAGAAAUUGAUUCUAGCAUCGGGGGAGUGAGGAGGGGGGAGGGGGGGGGGUAAAAUGCUUCUGCUGCAAUGGUUUGUGCAGAUUUUGAAUCCGUUCAAAACCUGCACAGACGUCCGUGUUUUUGACAGUGCCGCCCGGCUGUUUAAACGGACUGCCAGUGCAGCAGAACCUCUUCACAUUAAGAGCACAUUUUGAAAAAAAAGUAAAAUUAGCUGGAUCGCCAGACAAAUGAAGCGAGUAACGCCUAAGAAGAAAAGAAGCAGUAACUCAAAAAAUAUAUAUAAUCGUAGCAUUCCUAAGACGAGUGUUUUGCUAGCUCCGUGGUUCUGUCUUCGUGUUUCUUCUUCUAGUUAAUGCCUUUCUUUUUCUUUUUUUAAAAUAUAAUAGACUCUAUUUUUUAAUCAUAGUAUAUUUUUGUGUGAAGCAGAAGAAACAAAGAGGACGCUAAGCGUCCUCUUUGUUUCUGUCUGGUGUGUUUUUGUAGUUCAGCUCCGCGUUACACACUGCCAAGCAUUAAAGGAAAACAGUUAUUUUCCUUAUUGCGGUUAUUUCUUUCAUUUGUGCACUCACUGGUUUGGUCUUGAAGUACUUUCAAACCACCUUUUUUUAAAUUAUUAUUAUUACUAUUAUUAUUAUUCAUGUGUGCAUGAUUGUUGCUACUUGGUCAGUAAACGAGCAGGGUACAAAGCACUCUCCGAGAUAAAGAGUUGCACAUGUUCCUCAGAGGCAAUGCAUCAGAACUUCGUGAAGCCAACUAUUUGUGGGGGUGAGGGGCUUAGAAAAACAACAAAAAACAUCCAACCACAGUAGAAUGUCGCUUCCAAGAAUUUCCAUGUGGUUUGGAGUGAAAUCAAAGAUGAAACAGUUGCUGGUUAAAUUUGUUAAAAAUUUUAGUUUUUUAAGUGCUGUUCUGCAUUCGGAACUUAUUCCAAAGACAGCCUUUGUGACUCUGCCUCUUUUACUCUCCAGCCAGCUACACAAAGAAACCUGCCACCUUCUCUAACUCCUACUGUGUAUUUGGUGUGUGUGUGUGUGUGUGUGCAUGUAUGUAUUAGAAUAGCUCCGCCUUUGGAAUAUCCCCCAAUCCCUCCCACCUCCAUCCCUCCUUCCGUUUAUCCCGACGGAUUUAGGCCGCUUAACUCUCAGAGUGAGGACAUGUCAGUUUUCCUUCGCCUCUGAAGUACACGAGCAACACGAGGCUGCAGAUCUGUCAGCCUCAGCAGAAGAAAGUCCCACUUCUCGAUGCUCCUUCAAAAGUUAAAAAACCAAAGACCAAAUUUCCGAGCUAACGCUGCCAAUACUCAUCACAAACAGGUUACUACCCGAGCUCAGAUUUAAAUUCCUACUGUUUUAGGGACAUAUUAGCUUAUCAUACACUAUCUAUGGAGUCAAGUUUGGCUUUGUGAGUGUGCCACCCUGACAUAAUAUGCAACUUAAAUGUCGAACAGAAACUCCCACCCGACCCCGCCCUCUGCCGUGUGGAUCCAGGUCCGAGGAGCUUCUUUUAAUCUGUACAAAGUUAGUAGACACACAAUCUUGUAACUAAUUAUAGCACAAGUCUUCUUUUUUCUUUCUUUUUUUUUCUGUCUGCAUAGUGCUGCCAGGUUUGAAAAUGUGUAAACUAACUAUAGAUAACAGAAAACUGAGAAAUGUUUUCCCAAAAAACAAAAGAAGAAAAACCUGCAUUGUUUAGUGUUGUAAUAUUGGGGGGUUGUUAUGGGGGGGUAGGGGGUCCUAUAUCCUCAGGUUUAAGUUGUUUGCAAUUUACCAAAAUACAUAAGAGGACAAAAAAAAAAAACCUAGCAAACUAUAAAAUUGGAUUCCUUUGGCAAUAUUAAGUGAUUUAAGGGUUACAAUGUUGUCCUUUUAGCCAUUUGUACAGGACAUAAACACACAGUGGGCUCCGAGGUGAAAUAACACUACUGAUUGGGGUAGGAUUUGUGUGUUUUCCAUAACUCAAACUGUCCAGUUGCGUCCAGUGAGUGCUCAACCGGUUUGGUCACAAUGGUGAAAAUGAAGUGAGUGCUCUUUCUCUCUAUCUCUUUUCUUCUGUUUGUUUUUAUUGCUUUAUUGUCUAUAUGAAAACCAAUGUGUGCAAAUGCUUUUAACCGUGGCACUUUUUUCUCUUUUUGUGUGUGUGUGUGUGUGUGUGUGUGUGUGUGUGUAAUUCCCUGGUUUUGGCGGGAGUGGAGAACACGAUCUUUCGCCAGCCACCGGGAAAGUUCAGUGAUCUCAAUGCUGCGUACAGGCCGUUUGCGGAGCGUUCGGUGAAUGUUGUCGGAAAGCCAUAGGAAAGAAAAAAAAACUGAAUCCCAGAACGAGCUGAACGCAGCAACAGGAGGGAACCUUAUUGAGUCACUGAAUGUUUCCUGGGUGGCUUUAGAUAUAUAUGGGUUGGUUUUUUUUUCUGAACCAAAUGUUCUUUUUUUUUCUGAUUGUUUGUUUUGAGUCUGUUAAGUAACAACUCCAGAUGUCACUGAAUUGUUUGUUUGUCAGCACUGAUGGGUCAAGCUAAAGAAAAUGGCAAGUAGAUGAGAGAAGAAGUAUUUUUGUGUGAAGGAUUCUACAGUUUACAUCAGAUCGCUGUUUGUAUCGACGAGAUAUAUGAUUUUUCUGUUUAAAUCAGUUCAUUUGUAAGGGAUGGAUUCUUUCCUUUUACCUCCUUUAGAGGCAGGACCACAGGGAUGAAAGCACACAUUGCCCUUGCUCGUCUGGCCUUACUGGAGGGACAGGACCGGAGGAUCACGGGCAAUGUGCUCGGUGUGAUUUUCUUUUCUUUACUCUUUACGCUCUUGUUUAGAUUUAUUGUGCCGUCCUUUGGUUUGGGAUUAGAGUUUAAACAAGGUCGAUUCAACGCAAAAGGAGAGGAGGCUUAGUUGGGAAAAAGUACAUGAAAUAAUUGUAGUGUAAAUCUAUCAAUGUCUUAUUAUAUUGAUGAACAUCAUGAAAUAUAUGUAUAUUGGAAAAAAGACAGUAUCUAUGGCAAAUUGUACUUUUGUGUGUGUUUCAUGUGCUUUUGUGGGUGUGCAGCAAGGGGAUAAUGUCAUUUGGUCUGCCAUUCUGGGACCUGUGUGAAUAAGCAUAAAUUUACUACCAAUACAGAGAUGGACCUUUUCUCUAAUUGAUUCCUAUUAUGUGUUAAGUGUGCCAAAACAAAUACAUGGAGACCUGGAGCCAUAAACUGCA